CUGCUGUAGUCGUGUACAUUGUCAACAGGGACGUUUCGUAUUGGGGAAUAGCACGCUUCCGUACAACUGCCUCAAAGUUGUGUAAAUCAGGAAAUAGAAUUGCACUGUGUUACAUUACUGCUUUUAAUAGAUUGUGUAUACAUGUAAUAUCCUUCGUGAUUGAAGAGGAUUGGGAUCUAUUUUGCAAUUCAUCAUAGUACAAAAUAAAAAAAUUGGAUUCUUUUGGUGCUCAUUGAGGAAGUCAAUACUCCCAUUACUGAUGAAAAAAAGGUUGCUCUUUACACACUGAUUUUGGCUACGGAUUACUCUGUUUACCUGAUCAAGAUAUAGGGCUCACAGCGGAUAUGACGGGAAAACAGGGGAUGCUUACUCCUCCUAGGCACCUGAUCCCACCUCUGAUUCCCGUGUACAGUGGAAGAACGUCUCUGAACGCUAAUUGGAACUAGUUGAAUGGCGAAGCGUGUCUGUUUCAAAUGUUAACAUUUUUCUCUCUUCUAGCACAGGUAUGUGGAGCAAAACGACUGAAUAAGGAGGACGCAGGACACCAUUCCAAACUAAGCAGAAAAUGCGCAGAACAACUGUACUGCUGGCGGCGUCCAUGAACAGUUUUCUUGGAGGGAGUCUCGGCUAUUCCGCAGGAAUCAUCCAUCUUGGAUUACUAGAAAAAUACAAAGAGUCUCCUGUAGCUGUCUCUUGGGCAGGUGCUCUGUUUUCAAGUUUUCUUUGUUUAGCUGGUCCCAUUUCCAGUGCGGUUAUAAAUGCCACGUCCUGUCAGAAGGCCAUCUUCCUUGGUUCUUUUCUUAGCUCUGUCGGAUUUCUGAUUUCAAGUUUCGUGUCCGACAUAGAGCUUGUAAUUUUAAGCUAUGGGAUUAUUGCAGGUAUUGGACAGUCUCUUAUGUAUGCGGGCAGUGUUGUGGUCACGGGUUUUUAUUUCCACGACAAUCCAAGUGUUGCUACGGGCGUAGUGGCGGCGGGGGCUGGAAUCGGCGUGACGGUAUAUCCUAUCUUCACAGAAUUUCUGAUGGCGACCUAUGGGAUUAAUGGUACUUUUCUUCUCUUGUCGGCAGUGAGUCUGCAGACUUGUGUGUUUACUAUGUGCAUAAAAACACACACGCUAGAGAAGAAAAGAAGAGAUGUGUCGAACACAAUCUCAGACAGAGUGAAACUGAUCCUACGAGAACUUCGAAAAAUUACCUCAAACGGAGCCUACUGUUGUUUUUGUGUGAGCAUUUUUUGUUGGAGCGCUAGUAUCAACACAUCCGUGUUAUUUUUACCGCAGUAUUAUGUGAGCACAGGUUCAACACCACUGCAAGCCGCGCUUUUCAUGUCUGUUUAUGGAAUCACAGGGUGUCUAUCUCGAAUUCUUACCGGUCUAGCUGCUUCAGACAUUAAUGUAGAUGGUAAAAUAUUGUACAUGGGAUCUUACUUGAUACUGGGGCUAUUUACAAUAUUUCUACCACUGCUCGGAACUACCUUUUCCGGAAAGAUGUUAUAUUCCGUUAUACUUGGUAUAUAUUCUAGCGGUGUGUGGUCACUUCUGACACCGAUAACUAUAGAAAUCAUUGAUAUAAAAUCAUUAUCCACAGCUUUUGGUAUUGAAUUGCUCACGAGUGGAAUAGGAUUUUUAUCUGGUCCAAUUAUUGGAGACGGUGUACAAAGAGGAAGUGGGAGCUUUUCACUUGUUUUCAUCACAUCCGGGGUUCUUUACAUUAUGGCCGGAGUAUUUGAAGUUAUGAUGAUAUUGAAAAUGAAAAAGUCGGAUUUUCACAAGGAGAGACGGGAUAAAAUUAGGAUUGUUAAAGUAGCCGAUAAAGAUACACAUGAACAAGGAAGAAAAGAAAAUCAAGCUCCGACACAAGAUGAUGAUUCUGAAAUGUGUACAAACAUUGAGCGCAGGGGUCUUACAGAGGACCAAGAUUGAAAAGAAGGAACUAGGAUAAGGGAUCUCAUUCUGAGAUAUCUGCAUGGACACAAAUCUAGAGUAUCAUUCAUAAUGGAGCGACAUAUCUAUAUUAAGUUGCUUAUUUUUCAAGCUUAAUAGAUCGGCAUACUCCACGGCUUACUUUUUCCCUGGUUGACAAAACUUUCCUACAAUUUGUUGACGAGUCGUAAAGGCUUUUGUUACAUGUAUAUUGAAAGUCAUCAGAGUAAAAAAAAAUAAUUGCGUUUACGGUUUUUCACUUUGAUUGUCAAUGACAUUAGUAUUACACAAGUUAAUCUUUUAUUUACGAACGUAUGUUUUGUAGAUGAUAAGCUCAUCAUAGCAGUAUGGAUGUUAACACAUACAAUGCUGUAUGGGGGGGGGGGAUAAAUCGCUGUGGAAAUUUUCGCUAUCUUUGCGUUCUAGACAAAUCCACGAAUCUAAGAAUCCGUGAAUAUUUUUAUCUUCAUUAUUCUUUAAUACACAAUGUGUUUAAAAAAGGGGAGGGGGCUUAUAGUGAUUCGAAACCGUGAAUUUAUGAAACCGCGAAUGUGUCUAAAAUGAAAAAUAUACGCGAAAAUUACAACUUGUGAAAUUAUUUCCCUAUACACUACAUUUGGGAAUCUAGCCAAAUCUUAUGUCAUAAGGUUGAACGUCUGUUCUGGUUUUGUCAAAACUGUAAUGGAUGUGUUUAAUCGUUAUGUUCUGAAAAUAAAAUGAAUGAACAAGUGCU